GAUGUGGAGUUUCCUGUGAAAGAAGAAGAAGAGAAAAAAAAAAAAACCCAGUGCAUCUUAUUAAACACACAGUUCACGUGAGACUAAAUGGAGCUAUAAGGUACAUGCAUCUAUUCUUGAUAUUUCUUCACGCACUGGAUGCUUAUUCUCUGGAUAAGGUUCAAACAACUGGAUUUUAUAUAUAGUCCGACUCUUGUUGGUGAAGUUUUCAUUUUUCCGCGAUGUCCCGAGCCUCGGACCCGUUACCGAAAGCACGCCAGGAAAGAAUGAAGGACGUUAACAUAAAGAACAAGGAGAAGGAGCGGAUGAAGGCGCGGGAGAAGGAGACGAAGGAGCGCGAGUCUCGGUACAGCAACGGUCACCUGUUCACCUCCCUCAGCGUGUCCGCCACCACUCUCUGCUCCGCCUGCAACAAGAGCAUCACCGCCAAAGAAGCGCUCAGCUGCCCGACCUGCAAUGUGACCAUUCACAACCGCUGCCGUGACACACUGGCCAACUGCGCCAAAAUGAAGCAGAAGCAACAGAGGCUGGCGCUGGUCAGGAACACUGCAACCUUACAUAAUGUGGCCCUCCGUAGCAAAAAUCCAAUACUGAAGGAGAGGCCGAGUUCAGCCAUUUACCCGUCAGAGACGCUGAGACAGUCUUUCCUCGGCUCCCGCAAAGGACGCUCCACGCUGUCCCUCAACAAGAGCGUCUCCACCAACAACAUCGCAGGAAGUCUAAAUGAUGACUCUCCUCUGGGACUGCGGCGGAUUCUGUCUCACUCCACAGACUCUCUGAACUUCAGGAACAGAGCCAUGUCCAUGGAGUCCCUCAAUGAUGAAGGAGAAAUGUAUUACACAUCAAUGCUGGAGGAGCUGGAGAAGGAUGGGAAGGAUUUUGAGGCAGAUUCCUGGAGUCUGGCUGUGGACUCAUCUUAUCUUCAGUCUCAACGCAAAGAUGUCAUCAAGAGACAAGACGUCAUAUACGAGCUGAUUCAGACGGAGAUGAACCAUGUGCGAACACUGCGGAUCAUGGAGGGGGUGUUUCGCAGAGGCAUGCUGGAGGAGGUGUUGAUGGAGAUGGGUGUAGUUCACGCCAUCUUUCCCUGCCUGGAUCAGCUGCUGUCUAUUCACUCAAGCUUCCUGAGCCAACUUCUGCAGAGGAGAAACCACAGCCUGGCUGCCAGCAGCACCCGCAACUUCACCAUCCAGAAGCUGGGAGACAUACUGGUGGAGCAGUUCUCAGGUCAGAAUGCAGAAGAGAUGAGGAAGUGCUAUGUUGAAUUCUGCAGUCGGCACCUGAAAGCUGUGAAACUCUAUAAGGAGCUGCUGGCGCGAGACAAGAGGUUCCAGCAGUUCAUACGGCGGGUGAGCAGAGGUUCCUUACUGCGUCGCCAUGGUGUCCAAGAGUGCAUCUUACUGGUCACUCAGCGCAUCACUAAAUACCCCGUGCUCAUCAAGCGCAUACUAGACAACACUAAAGGUAAUGAAGAGGAGAGUAAAUCUCUGGCUCACUCUCUGGCGCUGAUCCGGGAGCUGCUGUGUUCCGUGGAUCAGCAAGUUCAAGAGUUAGAGCGAGCGCAGCGUUUGCAGGAGAUCCAGUCCCGUCUGGACCCUCGAGCUGAGACCAAGGUGAAGGGUGGAGGAGUGUUUCGCGGAGGAGAGCUGCUGCGCCGCGGCCUCAUUCACGAGGGAGCUCUGCUGUGGAAGACUGCUCAAGGCUCCAGACUCAAAGAUGUGCAGGUUUUGUUAAUGACAGACAUCCUGGUGUUCAUGCAAGAAAAAGACCAGAAGUAUAUUUUUCCCUGUCUGGACAAACCGGCAGUGCUGUGCCUUCAGAAUCUGAUUGUGAGGGAUAUAGCCAAUCAGGAGCGAGGAAUGUUCCUCAUCAGUCACUCCACGCCUCCAGAGAUGUACGAGCUCCACGCCACCUCCAAAGAGGACAGAAACACCUGGAUGAAGAUCAUUCAGCAGACACUUCUCUCCAUAUUUCUCUUUUGCAGCUGUCCAUCAAGAGAGGAUUUCCCUCUGAUCGAAACAGAGGACAAAGCUUUGCUGCGCAGACUCAGAGCUGAUAUCCAGCAGAAGGAUCGAGAGGUUCUGGAGCUGUUACAGGAGCGCGUGACGCUCUUCUCUGAUUUGGCCGAGGUCACUGGAGGUCAGAGUGUUACCGUUCCCACAAACUCCAGAAAUAUAUUCAGAGCAGAUACACCCUACGCUCCUCAGGCGGAACGGCUGCUGAAUGACGCCAUUGUUGAGGUGGACAGACUGAGUGAAGUGCUGUUGGGUUCCUGCGUUGACCGCCCACAGUCCUGCAGAGUGAAUGGUGAACCGACAGAGGUACAAUUCACCUCUAAAACAACAGAUGAAGGAACGAUAUCAGUUAACGGGACUCAUGAUGUAAACGGUCCAUCUAACAAGGACAGGAACGGGAACCAGCUGCAGGACAAGACGUUAAAUGAGGAGGUGUGUCAGCGACUGGUGAACCUCAGCACUCAGCUGCACGCGAUACAGGCCGCAGUGAUCCGGCAGGACUCUUUCCUGGAGGUGUACAUGCAGAAGGACUCGUGUCCCUCCGUGUCCCGUGAGCCUCUGCUGGAGGCGGCAGGGCCCGAUCUGACAGAGCUACAGCACAAAUACAACCUGCUGCAAGGGGAAGUGAUGCGACUACGGGCCGCCCAGGACAAGAGCAGCAACGGAGCGCCAGUUCAAAAACAAGACCCGAAGAAAGCACAAGACACGGCAGAGAAACCAGCGGAUCAGUUAGAUGGCAUGUGUCCUCGAGCUGACAGUCCCAGAGACCUGCAGGAUAUCCCGGAGGAGAGUGAGUGUGGGACUGAAGCUCACAGUUAACAUCCGCUCCGCUGCAGACGCUCUCAGAAUCACAUGACUCGAGGCCGUUCACACCACAGCCACAGACACUCAUCUGAACCAGCGUCAGUUCAGACUCACGCAACUUUCACUCGCCACGGAUAUUUUUAACGGAGAGGGGUUGUAAUCUCUUUUCCAUCGCUCUGCGAAUAAUGCUAGUCAACCAAUAGGAAAUGCGCUUUUAGUCACAUGGCCAGAGCCGGUGCUGUUACAUAACACUACGGCUGCAUCUGAAAUCACAUACUUCUUUAUAUAUAGUUGGUGAAAUACAGUCUGCGAUGAAACUCCUGCUGAGAUUCUGAAGUGUGCAUCUGAUGGACACUUUACUAUCCCAUGAGGCCACGGGAGAGGAUUUGUGAAGGGCAGUGAAGCGAUACAAGUGAUGCUGGUAGGUCACAUGAUCGUGACAACAUGGCGUCCAGAUCACAUUCACACACUCAUACUAUAUAGAAUGUAGUUUUCAGCGGUCGUGAAGUGAGUGUGAUUUCAGACGCAGCCGAUGACUCUCAAACUGACUGUUCUAGUACUUUUGUACGUCUCUGUGCUUUUGUAUGGUAACACCACAGUGAAUCCGGCUGUUUGAAAACAUGUAAAUACUGUCGGACGUCUCCGUGCACGAGUGUCAGAAGCAGAAGCUGAUUUGUGUGCUGCUGAUUCUGCUCUUCUGCUGUCUUCAGUCAGGUGUGAACAGGCCUCUGUAGAAUAUACUGUUACUGCAUUUAUAUUAAACAUAGUUUAGAACAAUUCAAGUCUUUUUUAAAAAGAUGUUUCAACAUUUUACAGUUGUUAUUUAAGCAGUUUAUGGUGCAUUUUCUCUGUCUGAUGAAAGGAAUAAAUUAUGAGUUAGAAAUGAAGGAAACUUUAGAGGAUAUUCUGCUCAUACUCUGACUUUAGCUGUAUUAUUAAUGUCCAUUGUUAUAUUAUUGGAAGCAAGUGCUGAAAACACAUGAUAUUAUGAUGAAGAUUAUGAAAUGUAGCUCAUGAAAUGUCCUGGUUAUUUGGCAGUGACUUGAACAGUUCUAAUAAGCACCAGGGUUCAGGGUUAUAAAUCAUUCUCAAGGUCUUCUCCUGUACUGAUGAAACAUAUUAAUGUUGAUAUUGAUAACAGAAUGUAGUGGAAAAAUGAUUGUGAAUUCUUCUCUGGCCACUUGAAAUCACACUAAAGCUGUUGAUAUUGUCUAUGUUUGUAUAAAUGAAUGUUUGAGGAAGAAAAGCAUCCUUUAAACAGCUGUUCAGUCAAUGUUUAUAAUUAUAUUGCAUUUUUUUAAAAAUGUUUUUCAUUGUACUGUGUGUUUAAAUAUAUGGCUGUAAUCAUGUAUUUUGCCAUUUUGUUUUGCAUCUAUAUAAAUGCAUUGAGAAUC